AUGCGUUCUUCCGUUAUCAUAGCCACUUGGCUGUCAUUUAGGGGGGUGCAGACACACGCCCUCGGUCCGUUCGAAAAGAACAUCGCUGCACGUGCAGAUCAUCUCAAUAUCGCGACUACUGCUUUGAAGCCGUUGCUGUCCCAAAACGCCUCUGUCAUCCUUCCCACUGACAAUGACUGGGAUGCGCUGCAAAUUCGCGGAACCUCCCCACGCAUACACCCAAAGUUCAACGCCAUUGUUGAGCCAGCAACGGAAGCAGAUGUGCAGAAGACGGUGCAAUUCGCUUCCAAGUUCGGCAUACCGUUCCUGGCUGUUUCUGGCACGCAUGGCUGGACGAAGACGCUCAACAAUUUACCUUACGGUAUCCAGAUCAACAUGCGCAAGCUUAACAGUGUGACAGUCGAUCCGAGCGGCAACACAGCAACUAUCGGUGGGGGCACGCUUCAAUGGGAAGCCAACAAAGUACUCUAUGCAAAGGGAAAGCAAGCAGUGCUCACCCUGUGCGAGUGUACUUCGAUCGCCGGUCCGAUGUUGGCUGGGGGACAUAGCAUGCUACAGGCUCGUCACGGCUACACUCUCGACAACCUUGUCUCCGCACGGGUAAUCCUAGCAAACGGGACUGCUGUCACUGCAUCUAGCUCCAGUAACUCAGAUCUGUUCUGGGCUUUGAGAGGAGCCGGCCAAUCCUUCGGUAUUGUUACGAGCUUGCAAUUGAAUGUAUACGAUAUCCCAAGCACUUGGACUAUCUCCACCUUCAUCUACCGUAGCGACAAACUCGAAGCUGUGCUGGAUGCGGUCAACAAGCUUGAUGGCGAUGCAAUGCGAUCCCAAAAUCUGGUCAUUAACGGCGUAGGCACGCGCAUCCCUCCCAUGGAUCCUCAAAAUCCAAUGAUCAUUUAUACCCUGUCAUAUCAGGGCCCCGAAGCCGAAGCCUUACCCUACUUUUCUAAAUUCAAAGCCAUCGGACCCAUCACCGUCAAGCCAUCUACCAAUGUGAAUAAUAUGGAGCUUUACAAGAUCACCCAAAACAGCGUUGACAGCGCCGCCUGCGCCCGCAACAAGAACUCUAUGGGCAGUGGUGUCUCCUUGCCCAGCUGGAAUACCACUGCAGCCCGGGCAGCCUUUAAUAUAUUCGCCAAGAUGACGGCUGACCGGCGGUUCUCUCGGUCUGUCUUCUUGCUCGAAAAUUACGGUAUGCAGGGUGUUCGGGCUGUCGACCCCUCCUUAACGUCCCUGAGCUUAGAGGAGCGCCAGUAUCCUGCUGUAGCGAAUCCAACGAUUUGGUGGAAUGGGACGGCUGCCGUUGGUCAAGCGGAUGCAGAGGCGUAUGGAGAGCAGAUCAGGCAGGCGCUUUUUGCAGGUUUGCCGAAGGGAGCUAAAAAGCAUACGUAUGUGAACUACGCAGUGGGCACGGAGAAUUUCAACCAGAUGUAUGGGUAUGACACUGCCAGGGUGCAGAGGUUGAAGACACUGAAGAAGGCUUAUGAUCCGGAAAACAGGUUUGGGUUCUACAAUCCUGUGCCUCUAGCAUAG